AAUGAGUGAAUAUUAAAUGAGACAAAAAUUUCAAUCGUAUAAAAUUAAGAAAAAUUAAAUGAGGUAAUAACAAAUAGUAAUACAGUAACAGACGCUUGUAGCAUUGAAAGCAGAGCGAGGAUAUACUCUUACUAUAAAUGAAAGAGAAAUGAAAAGACAAAAUUUUAUAUUUAUGUUUAGCAGCUAGGUCAUCAAACAGGAAAAAGAAGCCAUUAGCUUUUCACAGGAUGGAUUUAUUUGUCGACUGUGAAAUUCCAGCCCUAGACCAGAAAGAAACAUGUGAAGACAGUUUAUGUGUCAAGUCUGACAUACACGAGGAAUUUUAUUUUGAGGGAUCUGGCAUACCUGACAUACAAGCGGAAUGUUAUUUUGGGGAAUCUGAAAUACCUAAACCUCCUGAGCCGUACGAGUUCAAAAAAGAAAAAAGAGAUCAUCCCAUGAAGAUGAUAAAAUUGAUUGAGGAUCAGAAAUUUGACGGAUCUUGGGAGUUAACAGAGGAAAUCUCAAAAAUACUCGGCAAAUCACAAAAUGAAAUAAAAACAUCUGCAACUACACAGGAUGUCAAUGUUUGGACGACAGCUCUUGCGAUUGCAUUUUUGAGAAAGUAUUUCAUGAAGCAAAAACAUGAAUGGGAGAUGAUCGAGGAGAAAGCGUUGAACUGGUUGAAGACAAGAGAUGUUGAAGGCAAAGAUGUCGUACAGGAAGCAAUGAAUUUUUUAUCAACAUAAUUUUUUUGUUACUUCUGUGCUAUUUCAGCCUGAUAAUAACAUUCCUUUUGUGGAAAUUUCACUACACAUAUCUUGUAUGUUACAUAUCGCUGCAAUGCAUGCAAUACAAUACCUCUCAUGUAAUUUUAAAAAUAUAUAAUAUCAACUUACUGACAGCGUAAGGAUUAAAAGUUCCAGGUGAUUACUGUAAGAAUAGCUUUCGUACAUUUAUAAUUUGGAUUAUCAUUUCCUCAAAUUUCGGUUUAUGAAGUCCAAAAUAGUAAAAUUGCGAGGUUGAGCUUUUGUCAUCCAUGCUUGAGUGUUUGUAGAAAUAGUUGGAUUUUGAGGAACUAUUUUUAGCUCACCUGAGCUGAAAGCUCAAGUGAGCUUUUCUGAUCACAUUUUGUCCGGCGUCCGUCUGUCUGUCCGUCUGUCUGUCUGUCUGUCCGUCUGUCCGUCUGUCUGUAAACUUUUCACAUUUUCGACUUCUUCUCAAGAACCGCUGGGCCAAUUUCAACCAAACUUGCCACAAAGUAUCCUUGGGUAAAGGGAAUUCAAGUUUGUUCAAAGGAAGGGCCACGCCCUAAUUCAAGGGGAGAUAAUUGGGAAUUAAUGAAAAUUUGGUGGCAUAUUUUAAAAAUCUUCUUCUCAAGAACCACUGUGUCAGGAAAGAUGAAACUUAUGGGGAAACAUCCUCAGGUAGUGUAGAUUCAAAUUUGUUCAAAUCAUUACCCCCGGGGGUAGGGCGGGGCCAAAAUGGCCGACCUAAGUUUUACAUGGAAAUAUAUAAGAAAAUUCUCUAAAAAUCUUCUUCUCAAGAAUGACAAAGCCAUAAUUCAUCAUAUUUAUAUGGAAGCAUGCUCAGGUAGUGUAGAUUCAAGUUUGUUCAAAUCGUGACCCCCAGGGGUAGGGCGGGGCCAAAAUGGCCGACCAAAGUUUUACAUAGAAAUAUAGGAAAAUUCUUUAAAAAUCUUCCUCCCAAGAAUGACAAAGACAUUAUUCAUCAUAUUUAUAUGGAAGCAUGCUCAGGUAGUGUAGAUUCAAGUUUGUUCAAAUCAUUACCCCCCUGGGGGUAGGGCGGGGCCAAAAUGGCCGACCUAAGUUUUACAUAGAAAUAUAUAUGAAAAUUCUUUAAAAAUCUUCUUCUCAAGAAUGACAAAGCCAUAAUUCAUCAUAUUUAUAUGGAAGCAUGCUCAGGUAGUGUAGAUUCAAGUUUGUUCAAAUCAUUACCCCGGGGAGUAGGGCGGGGCCAAAAUGGCCGACCAAAGUUUUACAUAGAAAUAUAUAGGAAAAUUCUUUAAAAAUCUUCUUCUCAAGAAUGACAAAGCCAUAAUUCAUCAUAUUUAUAUGGAAGCAUGCUCAGGUAGUGUAGAUUCAAGUUUGUUCAAAUCAUGACCCCGCGGGGGUAGGGUGGGGCCAAAAUGGCCGACCAAAGUUUUACAUAGAAAUAUAUAGGAAAAUUCUUUAAAAAUCUUCUUCUCAAGAAUGACAAAGCCAUAAUUCAUCAUAUUUAUAUGGAAGCAUGCUCAGGUAGUGUAGAUUCAAGUUUGUUCAAAUCAUGACCCCGCGGGGGUAGGGUGGGGCCAAAAUGGCCGGCCAAAGUUUUACAUAGAAAUAUAUAGGAAAAUUCUUUAAAAAUCUUCUUCUCAAGAAUGACAAAGCCAUAAUUCAUCAUAUUUAUAUUGAAGCAUGCUCAAGUAGUGUAGAUUCAAAUUUAUUCCAAUCAUGACCCCCAGGGGUAGGGCGGGGCCAAAAUGGCCAACCAAAGUUUUUAAAGAUAUAUAUAGGAAACUUCUUUAAAAAUCAUUUUUUUUUAAAAAUAGCAAAUCCAUGAUUGAUCAUGGGACUACUUUUGGAUUUAAACUUUACAAUAAAAAGCCAUUUUCUACUUUUUCCUACCCUUAGUGCUCAGGUGAGCGAUGUGGCCCAUGGGCCUCUUUUUUAUUCUAGUUAUUAUGCAACUAGCCUAUACACUGAUGUUGUUUUCUGUCUAUUAGCCUUAACUAUAUUCAAUACAAAAGUACUUUAUAUAGUAGUUUUAAUAGUCAGGUAUUUUUGAAAAUGGUAGAUAAAUUAGACGGAAAUAAAUCUUUUCAUUGUUCCAUAAAUGUUUUUUUCAAAGACCGAAAUAACUUAAGCCUAAUGAGAGAAGAUUUGCUACCACUGCUCAAGAACCUUUGUUUUCUUUUGCACAGGAAACUUAAUAAUAUUCAACAUUACAAUGUACCAUUAUAAUGAUUUUUUCUUUGCAUUAAAACAAGUUUUAAUGUCCAUAUUUCCAUUUAUCGGUAUAUUGAAUCAUUAAAUUGAAUUACAAACGGAUGGAAA